CAUGGCAAAAAUUAUUGGGGGCUUUUUUCGCGUUUCACGUGCGGUCGCCUUGUCGAGCUCAAUUCUAACGUCAGCAGCACCUCUGACCAGCAGUUUCAGACUUAUUCAGACAGACCCACAGCAAAAGCAUCCAGUAAAGAUGGCCCUGUACGAGACCGUGGAGAAGGGCGCCAAGAACUCGCCGAGCUACAGCCUGUACUUCAAAAACAAGUGCGGCAAUGUCAUCUCGCCGAUGCACGACAUUCCACUGUACGCCAACGAGGAGAAGACCGUCUACAACAUGGUCGUGGAGGUGCCCCGUUGGACCAACGCCAAGAUGGAGAUCAGCCUGAAGACCCCGCUGAACCCCAUCAAGCAGGACAUCAAGAAGGGCAAGCUGCGGUUCGUGGCCAACUGCUUCCCGCACAAGGGCUACAUCUGGAACUACGGAGCACUGCCCCAGACCUGGGAGAACCCCGACCACAUCGAGCCCUCCACCGGCUGCAAGGGCGACAACGACCCCAUCGACGUCAUCGAGAUCGGCUACCGCGUGGCCAAGCGCGGCGAUGUCCUGCAGGUCAAGGUGCUGGGCACCAUUGCCCUGAUUGACGAGGGCGAGACCGACUGGAAGAUCAUCGCCAUCGACGUGAAUGAUCCGCUGGCCUCGAAGGUCAACGACAUCGCCGACGUCGACCAGUACUUCCCUGGCUUGCUGCGCGCCACUGUCGAGUGGUUCAAGAUCUACAAGAUUCCCGAUGGCAAGCCAGAGAACCAGUUUGCCUUCAACGGCGACGCUAAGAACGCGGAAUUCGCCACCACCAUCAUCGCCGAGACCCAUAAGUUCUGGCAGAACUUGGUCCACCAAAGCGGGCCAGCCAACUCCAUUUCCACCACAAACAUAACCAACCGCAACUCGGAGCACGUCAUUCCCAAGGAGGAGGCCGCCAAGCUGCUGGCCGAAGCCCCCGAGGACGGGAAGGUGGAGGAGGUGCCCGACACAGUCGACACUUGGCAUUUCAUUCACCUCAAGUGAAAUGUCCUACUGGAGUGGUUCCGCUACAAGAUUAUCGUAGUCUGAUCAAAUCGGAAAUGCUUGCACUUGUGAAUUAUGAUAUUGAAUAUAUAGUACGUUGAAUAAAGUUUUGCACCGCAAUCAAA